CAUACUGCCAUAUGGAGGUACGUACAGCAGUUUAUGCUUGAAGCAAUAUUGAUAAAAAUGGCAUCAUCUCAGCCACGCCUUGAGAUCUCUGAAUUCACCUUAGUUAGCGUUCAGGAGCUCAUCAAAGACCCCAACAUCACUGUGCCACACAACUACUUCCGCCCCGAUCAAGAGCCUGUAAAACCCUUCAGCGGGAACGAUGAUCACCUCCCUGCAGUCCCCACCAUUGACUUGCAACGUUUGGUUUCCAUGGAACACACAGAGCUUGAGAAGCUGGACUUAACGUGCAAAGAAUGGGGCAUCUUUCAGUUGGUGAACCAUGGAGUCAGCUCUUCACUCCUGGAGAAGCUGAAAUUCGAGAUCCAAGAAUUUUAUAAGCUUCCUGUUGAAGACAAACUGAAAUUCAAGAUAAAGCGAGAUGACUUUGAAGGGUAUGGAUCCCUGGCCCGAUCCGAUGGAAAGCUUGAUUGGGGUGACAGGUUGUUUAUUAUAACCAACCCGGUUCACAGGAGAAAGCCACAUCUUUUUCCAGAGCUCCCUUCAUCCUUAAGGAAUACUUUAGAGUGUUACCUCCAGGAAUUGCAGAAUCUGUCGAAAAUAAUUCUUGGGAUGAUAGCGAAGAAUCUGAAGAUUGAGAUUAGAGAAAUGGAAGAAUUGUUUGAGGAUGGGAUGCAAUCGGUGAGGUUGAAUUAUUAUCCUCCAUGCUCAAAACCAGAGGUGGUUAUGGGUGUUGUUCCUCACUCUGAUGGGACUGGCAUCACUAUUUUGCAUCAAGUUAAUGGAGUUGACGGCCUUCAGAUUAAAAAGGAUGGCAUGUGGAUGCCUCUCAGCAUCAUACCUGAAGCUUUUGUAAUAAACCUGGGAGAUAUUCUAGAGAUUAUAAGUAACGGACUCUAUCAGAGCAUUGAGCACAGGGCAUCCAUAAACUCGGAGAAAGAGAGGAUUUCGGUUGCUUUUUUCGUCAACCCAAGGUUCGAAGCAGAGAUUGGACCAGCAAGCAGCCUGAUAAACCCUGAAAACCCACCAUUUUUCAAGACAAUAGGAAUGGAAGAUUACGUCAAGGGUUUCUUCUCCCGGAAGCUCUAUGGAAAAGAAUACUUGGACAACUACAAGAUUAAAAAUGGUGAAGCAUGAAGGCAUGCAGCACGAUAACAGACCUAGAAGAGUAAUACUGCUAUUUGGAAAUAAAUGAUCUUGUGUUGUAAUAUAUUUAUAAUAUUGUGUGUGUAUGUCGGUGUGUUCCAAGCAUUUGCCUGAUUAUUCAGGUCAGCCUCUACAGAGCAGUGCUGAAAAAUAAAUUGACUUUCGUUAUGCUUUGAAAGUUUGUAUAAUAUGUUUCAGUUUGUAAUAAAUUACUAAGUAAAAAUAAAAUAUUGUUGUGAUAAA